AUGGUGGAACCAGGGCAAGAUUUACUGCUUGCUGCUUUGAGCGAGAGUGGAAUUAGUCCAAAUGACCUCUUUGAUAUUGAUGGUGGAGAUUCGGGGCUUGCAACUCCAACACCUACGCCUCCCAUACAGCAGUCAGUGCCACUUAGUGCAUUAGAACUAGGUUUGGAGACUGAAGCAGCAGUUCCUGUUAAACAAGAACCAGAGACGGUACCUACUCCGGCACUUUUAAAUGUUAGGCAGCAGCCUCCAUCUACUACAACGUUUGUGCUGAAUCAGAUAAAUCAGCUUCCGACCUUGGGAUCUACAAUUGUAAUGACUAAGACACCACCUGUAACCACGAAUAGGCAAACCAUCACUUUAACGAAGUUUAUUCAGACUACUGCAAACACACGCCCUUCAGUCUCAGCACCAGCAGUACGAAAUGCCAUAAGUUCUGCACCUUCAAAAGACCAAGUUCAACUGAAGGACCUGCUAAAAAAUAAUAGUCUGAAUGAACUCAUGAAACUGAAGCCACCGGCUAAUAUUGCUCAGCCAGUUGCAACAGCAGCUACUGAUGUAAGCAAUGGCACAGUAAAGAAAGAGUCUUCUAAUAAAGAAGUAGCAAGAAUAUGGAUAAAUGAUAUGAAAAUGAGGAGUUUUUCCCCGACCAUGAAGGUCCCUGUUGUGAAAGAGGAAGAUGAACCAGAAGAAGAAGAUGAAGAAGAAAUGGGUCAUGCGGAAACCUAUGCAGAGUAUAUGCCAAUAAAAUUAAAAAUUGGCCUACGUCACCCAGAUGCUGUAGUUGAGACUAGUUCUUUAUCCAGUGUUACUCCUCCUGAUGUUUGGUACAAGACAUCUAUUUCUGAAGAAACCAUUGAUAAUGGCUGGUUAUCAGCAUUACAGCUUGAAGCAAUUACUUAUGCAGCCCAGCAACAUGAAACGUUCCUACCUAAUGGAGAUCGUGCCGGCUUCUUAAUAGGCGAUGGUGCUGGUGUAGGAAAAGGAAGGACAAUAGCAGGAAUCAUCUAUGAAAAUUAUUUGUUGAGUAGAAAACGGGCUUUGUGGUUCAGUGUUUCAAAUGAUUUAAAGUAUGAUGCUGAAAGAGAUUUGAGGGAUAUUGGAGCAAAAAACAUUUUGGUCCAUUCAUUGAAUAAGUUUAAAUACGGAAAAAUUUCUUCCAAACAUAAUGGGAGUGUGAAGAAGGGUGUUAUUUUUGCCACCUAUUCUUCCCUUAUUGGUGAAAGUCAGUCUGGUGGUAAAUAUAAGACGAGGUUAAAACAACUUCUACAUUGGUGCGGUGAUGACUUCGAUGGAGUGAUAGUUUUUGAUGAAUGUCAUAAAGCGAAAAACUUAUGUCCUGUUGGUUCUUCCAAGCCAACCAAGACAGGCUUAGCAGUUUUAGAACUUCAGAACAAAUUGCCAAAAGCCAGAGUUGUCUAUGCUAGUGCCACUGGUGCUUCUGAACCACGAAAUAUGGCCUAUAUGAACCGUCUUGGAAUAUGGGGUGAGGGAACUCCAUUUAGAGAAUUCAGUGACUUUAUUCAGGCAGUAGAACGGAGAGGUGUUGGUGCCAUGGAAAUAGUUGCUAUGGAUAUGAAGCUUAGAGGAAUGUACAUUGCUCGACAGCUGAGCUUUACUGGAGUGACCUUCAAAAUUGAGGAAGUUCUUCUUUCUCAGAGCUAUGUUAAAAUGUAUAACAAAGCAGUCAAACUGUGGGUCAUUGCUCGAGAGCGGUUUCAGCAAGCUGCAGAUCUGAUUGAUGCUGAGCAGAGAAUGAAGAAAUCCAUGUGGGGUCAGUUCUGGUCUGCCCACCAGAGAUUUUUCAAAUACUUGUGCAUAGCGUCCAAAGUUAAAAGGGUUGUGCAGCUAGCUCGAGAAGAAAUCAAGAAUGGAAAAUGUGUUGUAAUUGGUCUGCAGUCUACCGGAGAAGCUAGAACAUUAGAAGCCUUGGAAGAGGGCGGGGGAGAAUUGAAUGAUUUUGUUUCAACUGCCAAAGGAGUGUUACAGUCACUCAUUGAAAAACACUUCCCUGCUCCGGACAGAAAAAAGCUUUAUAGUUUGCUGGGAAUUGAUUUGACAGCUCCAAGUAACAGCAGUUCACCAAGAGAUAGUCCUUGUAAGGAAAAUAAAACAAAGAAGCGGAAAGGUGAAGAAAUAACUCGAGAAGCCAAAAAAGCACGAAAAAUAGGUGGCCUUACUGGUAGCAGUUCUGAUGAUAGUGGAAGUGAAUCUGAUGCCUCUGAUAAUGAAGAAAGUGACUAUGAGAGCUCUAAAAACAUGAGUUCUGGAGAUGAUGAUGAUUUCAAUCCAUUCAGAGAUGAGUCUAGUGAGGAUGAUGAAGAUGAUCCCUGGUUAAUCAGAAAAGAUCAUAAGAAAAACAAAGACAAAAAAAAAAGGAAAAGUAUAGAUCCAGAUUCUAUUCAAAGUGCCUUAUUAGCAUCGGGUCUUGGAUCAAAACGACCUAGUUUUUCUUCUACACCAGUUAUUUCACCUGCUCCUAACAGUGCACCAGCUAACAGUAACACCAACAGCAACAGUAGCCUUAUAACAAGUCAAGAUGCCGUGGAAAGGGCCCAACAGAUGAAGAAAGACCUACUUGAUAAACUAGAAAAAUUAGCUGAAGACCUCCCUCCUAAUACCCUGGAUGAACUUAUUGAUGAACUUGGUGGCCCUGAGAACGUUGCUGAGAUGACUGGCCGCAAGGGGAGGGUUGUAAGCAAUGAUGAUGGAAGCAUAUCUUAUGAGUCAAGAUCUGAACUUGAUGUUCCUGUGGAAAUACUAAAUAUUACAGAAAAACAAAGAUUUAUGGAUGGAGAUAAGAAUAUUGCUAUCAUCUCAGAAGCUGCCAGCUCAGGUAUUUCAUUACAAGCGGAUAGAAGAGCUAAAAAUCAAAGGCGGAGAGUUCAUAUGACUCUGGAGUUACCAUGGAGUGCUGAUAGAGCAAUUCAGCAAUUUGGACGAACUCAUAGAUCAAAUCAAGUUACCGCUCCUGAAUAUGUGUUUCUGAUUUCUGAAUUGGCAGGAGAACAAAGAUUUGCAUCUAUUGUUGCUAAGAGACUUGAGAGUUUGGGUGCACUUACACAUGGAGACAGAAGAGCAACAGAAUCUAGAGAUCUGAGCCGGUUCAACUUCGAUAAUAAGUAUGGAAGAAAUGCUUUAGAAAUUGUCAUGAAAUCCAUCGUAAACCUAGAUUCUCCUAUGGUAUCACCACCUCCAGACUAUCCUGGAGAAUUCUUUAAAGAUGUUCGACAAGGACUGAUAGGAGUUGGUCUAAUAAAUGUAGAAGAUCGUUCGGGAAUUCUUACUCUAGAUAAAGAUUAUAACAACAUAGGAAAAUUCUUAAACAGAAUUUUGGGCAUGGAAGUACAUCAACAGAAUGCAUUAUUUCAGUAUUUUGCGGACACGCUUACUGCAGUCGUUCAAAAUGCCAAAAAAAAUGGAAGAUAUGAUAUGGGAAUCUUAGAUCUUGGUUCUGGAGAUGAAAAAGUGAGGAAAAGUGAUGUUAAGAAGUUUCUGACUCCAGGAUAUUCAACAUCUGGCCAUGUAGAAUUAUACACAAUAAGUGUGGAGAGGGGAAUGUCUUGGGAGGAAGCUACCAAGAUUUGGGCUGAGCUGACAGGACCAGAUGAUGGCUUUUAUUUGUCACUGCAAAUAAGAAACAACAAGAAAACUGCCAUCUUAGUUAAAGAAGUGAACCCUAAGAAGAAGCUUUUCUUAGUUUAUAGACCAAAUACCGGGAAACAGCUCAAAUUAGAAAUUUAUGCUGAUCUAAAAAAGAAAUACAAGAAGGUAGUCUCCGACGAUGCCCUGGUCCACUGGUUAGAUCAGUAUAAUUCAUCUGCAGAUACUUGUACUCAUGCUUAUUGGCGUGGCAACUGCAAAAAAGCAAGCUUGGGAUUAGUUUGUGAAAUAGGUCUUCGUUGCCGCACAUACUAUGUAUUAUGUGGCUCAGUACUGAGUGUCUGGACAAAAGUUGAGGGUGUUCUUGCGUCUGUCAGUGGCACAAAUGUGAAAAUGCAGAUAGUUCGCCUAAGAACAGAGGAUGGACAACGGAUUGUAGGUUUGAUUAUUCCUGCAAAUUGUGUGUCUCCUCUUAUAAAUCUCCUUUCAACUUCAGACCAGUCUCAACAGCUUGCAGUCCAGCAGAAACAGCUCUGGCAGCAGCGUCACCCCCAGAGCAUCGCCAGCUUGAGCAGCACAUAA